AUCGAGCAAGUGACAGGCAGAAGUUUUGGUGAGAAAGAUUUUCGUUCUGGAUUAGAAAGCGGCAUUCUUCUGUGUGAGUUGCUGAAUGCAAUAAAGCCGGGAUUGGUAAAAAAGAUCAAUAGACUACCGACCCCCAUUGCAGGUUUGGAUAAUAUCAUCUUAUUCUUAAGAGGCUGCAAAGAGCUGGGACUUAAAGAAUCUCAGCUUUUUGAUCCUGGUGAUCUGCAGGACACAUCAAACAGAGUAACCAUCAAGAACAUUGACUAUAGUAGGAAGCUGAAAAAUGUAUUAGUCACCAUUUAUUGGCUAGGGAAAGCGGCAAACAGCUGCACGUCAUAUAGUGGAUCAACCCUGAACCUGAAGGAGUUUGAAGGUUUGCUGGCACAAAUGAGAAAGGAAACGGAGGAUAUUGAGAGCCCAAAGCGCAGCAUUCGUGACAGCGGCUAUAUAGACUGCUGGGACUCUGAACGCAGUGAUUCCCUCUCCCCACCUCGCCAUGGCAGAGAUGAUUCCUUUGACAGUCUGGACUCCUUUGGCUCCCGCUCACAGCAGACACCGUCUCCAGAUGUAGUGCUCAGAGGGAGCAGCGAUGGGAGAGGAAGUGACUCGGAAACUGACCUGCCACACAGAAAGAUGCCAGAUGUGAAAAAAGAUGAUAUGUUGGCGAGGCGGACCUCACACGGUGAACCUAAAUCAGCUGUGCCUUUUAACCAGUACCUCCCUAACAAGAGUAAUCAGACUUUCUAUGUACCCGCUCCACUUCGGAAAAAGAAAGCUGAACGAGAAGAGUACCGAAAGAGCUGGAGCACGGCGACUUCACCGCUAGGAGAUAGACCUUUCAGCAAGCCCCACCCUGAAACCAUAGAAGAAGAACAGAAUGAAACAUCAGGACUGUGUGAAAAGGAGAAAGUGGGCUCCAUGGCUCCUGAGGCAAGCUCCCUUAAAAAUCAAGUAGGUUUGAAUCAAAACAAAGGAAAUUCCAUAGACCAGUCUCCUUCAUGUAGUGCAAAAGAAACAUCAGCACCCAAGAGGAAAGAUGCAGAAGAGAUCAGAAAGUUAAGAAGACUUGAAGAAGCUGGCAUUAAGGUCAUGUCAGCAGCCCAGCGCUAUGGCAGUAAAAAGCCAACAUGUGAAGACAACGGAAGCACCCCAGACAUCAUCCUUCGCAGGGACAACCCCUUCAUGACACAUUACCAAGGGAAGGAUUCUGGUUCAGAAGAUGAAGCGGCCAGCAGAGUUCCUGAUUUAGAAAAGGAUGACUUUGCCACCCGGAGAGCCAGAAUGAAUCAACCCAAACACAUAGUUCCGUUUAAUUCCUUUUCAAUUGGACCCUAUACAAGUAAAGAUAAAGGUAAACUGGAAGACGUUAAAAAGCCAUUGCAGAUGGAAAAGCAGGAACAUGCAAGAAGACGACGGGUGCACAUGGCAUCAGCAAGGCAAAUAGUGACAAGCAAAGAGAACCCACUUCUGCAAACUGAGAAGACGGAGUCAGAGGAGGAACAGCAGGUGAAAGUGCCUGAUACUGAGAGAGAUGAUUUGGCUAAACGGCAAUCUCAAAGUACCCUUCCUCAGCUACAAGAAGAUGUGAUUUUUGUGAAUGCCUCUAUAACAAAAGCAGAUCUGGAGACCGGGAAAAGAUUGAAACUGUCAGGGGAGCCCAGUGAAGAAGAUUUCAAAUGUCCCAGUGACACUCUGCCACCAGCUGAAAUCACGGUGAAAGCAGCAGCCCAUGAUGAUUUUGCUGUCCGCAAAGCCAGAGCAAACAAAAAGGCUGGUAGCCCCAAGCAGAAGUUUGUGCAUUUUGGGCCAGUAACUGAGAUUGAUCAACAGAGAUGGGACAAGCUCAUUAUUGGCAGAGCUUCAUCCAAGAGUGGAACAGAAGAGGAAAGCAAGAAAGAUGGUGUGGAGAAUCACUCUGGUGUUGAAAGCUGUCCUUCAGCCACUGUCGGCAGUCUUGGGUUUGCUGAACGCAGUGGUGAAGUAUCUAAGCCACAGAAUGAGUCCAGUGAGGUAGCCAAGUCAGGUACAGAUGACUCUUGCAGGAGAAUGCUAUCACCUGUCCCGGCUUUUGGCAUCAUCUCUGGGAAACAAACCCUGUGCAGUUUGAACAAACGGCAAGAAAGCACCGAGGAAGACUGCAUCGGGCAUCUACCAGACAUUGAGAGAGAUGAUAUGUUGGUUAGAAGGAUGGGAACUUUUCAGAGGCGUACUACUAGCCCUGUUCCCAUACAUUGUCCUCCCCUCUCAGUAGCUCCUCAUCUGCUGCAGCAGCAGCAAGGAGAGGCAGUAGCUCGUGAGAAGGAUUUGAAGACUCCACGGGAAGCAGAAAGUACUGUCACACGAGAAGAGAGCCAAGAACAGCUUGAAAUCCCUCUGCAGCAGAGCGGUGGAACAGAAAACAAAGUGAAAUUUCCAGACCCACAAAGAGAUGACAUGUUGGCCAGAAGAACUGGAGCUUUCCUAAAACAGCCUGAGCCCAGUGUUAAGCAGUUCCUUCCCAUGCCAUUUUCAAAGCAGCAGAAUAAGCAGGGCAAAGCUGGAGAAGUUGAGAAGAAAGCUACGAGGCCUGAAAAAUGUCCACAAGUCUGCAUUAAUAGCUCUGGAAAACCUAUAGCACAACCGCCGCCAGAAGAGCAGCAAGGGCAGGAAGAAUGCAAUCUCCCUCCUGCAGGACAAGACGAGACUAUCUGUACUGCCCAAGUGGGUGAAGGUAGCCUUAAUGAAGUCCACCUUGGUCAAACAUCUAAGCUUCAGGAGGUUCCUGAGGAAAACAAAAUGGAAACAUUGUCAUCCAAGGAUGAGCGUCUGCAAACAUUCGGCCCCAGAACUGCUGUGUCUGAUGACGCAGAGAGUAUGAGCAUGUUUGACAUGAGAUGCGAAGAAGAAGCUGUGACUCAGCCUCAUAGCAAAGCUCGCCAUGAGAAACUGCAGAACGUACACAACCAGCUGAAAGAGGAUGAGACCAGAUGGCAAGAUGACCUGGCUCGGUGGAAGAGUCGUCGAAGGAGCGCUUCACAGGAUUUAAUAAAAAAAGAAGCUGAGAGAAAGAAAAUGGAAAGGUUAUUGUCUGGAGACGGAACAAAUGAGCGCAGAAAAAGCAUCAAAACCUACCGAGAAAUUGUGGAAGAGAAAGAGAGAAGAGAGCGUGAGCUUCAUGAAGCAUACAAGAAUGCAAAGUCACAGGAGGAGGCUGAGAGCAUCCUCCAGCAGUACAUCGAAAGAUUCACUAUCAGUGAAGCUGUCCUUGAGCGUUUGCAGAUGCCAAAAAUUCUGGAAAGGAGCCAUUCAGUGGAGCCAAAUUCCCCACUGAAAGACCCAAAUCCUCUGAGAUAUUUAAGGCAACAGUCGCUCCCUGCUCCAAAAUUCACUGCCACCAUUGAAGCAACUAUUGUUCCCACCGCUGAACUAGAGCCCAGCGGUUCGACGGGCCGCACAUCUCCCAGCAAAAGCGUUGUCUCCAAGGCUGUGCCUAUGCUGACACCCAAGCCUUACUCACAACCCAAAAAUACACAGGAAGUUUUGAAGAACUUUAAGGUAGAUGGAAAAGUCAGCAUGAAUGGAGAAAAUUUCAACAGCAUGGAAGAGAAGGAUAAAGAGUGUACAACAGUAAUACUUACUCCUUCGCCAAGCAGACCUCUAAAAUUUGACGGAGUAGCCAGAGGGGACAGGCCCCUGCUAGAGUUGAAGAAGGACCCCACAAGUGUUGAACUCAGUUUACAGAGGCCUGCCACUCACAGUGUACGCGAAGAGCCAACAGCCUCCCCGGUGGAAGCAGACGCAGCCGCCAGCCAGCAGGUCGAGGCCAGCCCUGGAAGUGCGGGACCUGCGAGCCCAGCGUGCCCGUCCCCAGGUUCAGAUCAAAAGCAAUUCAAGUCAACCGCAGCUUGUGCCAGCCCUGUUGUGAAGAGAUUAGAAUUUCUUCCCAGUCCUGUCCCUUCAGAGGAAGCUGCUUCAAGUGAGAAAGAUGUGAAGAAACCUGAAAUGAAGCAGCAGAAGGAAGCAGAGCUCCGUGCUACACCGGAGGUGAUGAAACCAAAAGCCCUGGAACAAGAGGGGAGCGUAGUAUUGCCAUUUUUAAAGAAACUACCCGAGACCAGCCAAGUUACUCUGCAGAAUUCUGGUCUACAAGAGCCGCCCCGCGGGGCCGCGGUUCCGCUUAGGGUUCGCAACAACUGGCGGCGCUCACAGUUUUUCUCGCAGUCAGCUGAUUCUGAUAGUGGUGACAAAUCAAAUCGUUUCAAUUUCUGGUCCUGGGAUCCAGAAGAAGAGCGAAAGCGCCAGGAAAGGUGGCAGCAUGAGCAAGAACGCUUGCUUCAGGAGAAGUAUCAGAAGGAGCAGGACAAGCUGAAAGAGGAAUGGGAGAAGGCCCAGAGAGAAGUUGAAGAGGAGGAGCGUAGAUACUAUGAGGAGGAGCGUAAGAUAAUUGAGGAUACUGUAGUUCCAUUCAUUGUUUCUUCAAACUCUGCUGAGCUCCUCUCCUCUUCUUCCUCCACCACUGAAGGAAACAAGACAGCGAACACAACUGAUUCAAACAGCUCUCCAGAGGAAGGCAAACAAAAAGAAGUUACAAGGCAGAAAAAGCUGCUCUGGGAGCAGGACAGUAUGCCAUCUCUGAAAAGCAAGGAAAAUGAACUCUGGCAAGAAAAGAGGAGUGGAAACAAAGUGCUCCCAGGACCACCAGAGACGGGUAUCUUGAAAGGAGGUGAACAGGAGCACCAGGUGCUGGUGAUGGAGCACAGCUCGCCUGCCAGGCUGAAUCUGCCAUUGACUCAGGAUGUCUCCUGGAAUCAGCAGUUGCUGACAAAGCAGUCCCCGCGUCGCACAGAGGACAUUCGGCAGAGACCAUUCCCGGGCCAGAGCGCGGGACAACAACCAAGCUCCGCAGGAGAAACGAGGAGGGCAGGCUAUCUUGAGAACUUCCGAUCGGGGCCAUCGUCUCCUUGCUCUCCUGCUGCUCCGAGUCAGUCACCCAACAGGUACAAAAGGUCUGUCAGUGGAAAGAAGCUUUGUUCUACCUGUGGGCUUCCUCUUGGAAAAGGAGCUGCCAUGAUUAUUGAAACGCUCGGUCUUUAUUUCCAUAUUCAGUGCUUCAGGUGUGGCAUUUGCAAGGGACAGCUGGGAGAUGCAGCAAGUGGGACAGAUGUCAGGAUUAGAAAUGGUCUUCUUAACUGCAAUGAUUGUUAUAUCCGAUCCAGAACUGCUGGACAGCCAACUACAUUGUGACAUGACUUUCAAUCCUAAUAACUUUAAAGGAGGAACUGUCUUCUCAUAUGUAUCGGCUGCCUCUAGACAAUCACGUGUAAGAGCUUGAAUCCAUGGACAUCAUGGCACUCAUCUCAUUUUGAAAAACUCAUAAAAACGCUGCACCUGCUCCUUUAAAAUGCAAUAUGUUGGUUUUCCCCUUUCUUAAGAAAUUUGCAAAAUAUGUAUGACCACGUUUGGGAAGGCAAAGCCUAAGUACUAUAAAAAAAAAUCCCACCUUUCAGGUAUGUUUAUGAUUUCCAGUCUGUUACUUUGUUCUUUUGAAAGUAAUAAGAAAAUAAACAUGCAAUAAAGCUGUUUUGUUUUAAUAUUUCUAGGAAUUAAAAAGUUUAAGUUUACAGAACAUUUAUAGAAUAUGCCAACUUGAGCUGAGAAGUAAUUUUAAGAUAGUAUCUAAUCAGUGCAUUUGAAAAACUAAACAUCACAGCACGACUUCUCUGUUAUAACUGAAGCUAUAACUUUUUUUAUACAGAGACUAGUUUGAUAAUACAGCCUGUAAUUCUGAAGCAUUUUGUGUUUAUAUUACCUUCAGUGGAGGGUAGGAGUUAUACAAAUAAAUUAUUGCACCUCUAGUGAUAGGAUUUUUUUGUUUGUGUACCUCAAGUAAUGUUCAUGACUAUAGCUUAAUAAUCUCUUCAAUAAAGUUUUCUUCAUUAAACCUAAAGACUGUAUACCAUUAACGAUGGCAAGAUUCCCAUUAGGAACAAUCCUUCUUACUGAGCUCAGCAGCCCCUGUUGUUACUGAACUCGAUGAAAGGUGAUGUGGGGGAGAGACGGCCAAGUGGGCGGACACAGCUGAAUUGUGAGUCUCCAAGCUGCAGUUUGAUGCUAGGGUGAAGCUUUUCUCCUUGGCGUGUAACUUGCCCGUUGAUGGUCUGAGUUGGUUUGAGAUCUGCUCAUUCACUUGCAAACUUUACGGUAGAUUGAAAUCUCAUGCGGAGAAACACAUGUGGUUUGGGUGCCCUCCAAAGCAGGGAAUUAAACAGCCUUGAGGCUGUGUUCCUCCGUACACCACUCCAAUAAAGUCGGCAAAACCUGGGAGUGCAGAAGGCACGCAGGGAGGAGGCUGGCAGUGGGAGGCAAAAGAACUUUAACUUGCCUGUGUUUGGGCCAGUUUUCCUUUGUCCUUUUUGAUUAAGCAUGUGCUCCUUACUAAAGUGAUCCAGCAGCUCGUUGAAACAGCAGUCAGAGCUGUGUCACUUUACCUACAAUACACUGACAAGGUUGGGGGGGGUGUUGCAAUUGUAAAAUAUCCUAGCACUUUUUGGUAAACAGUUAUUGGAAAUAUCCCAUUUUAGCAGUUCACCAUGCAACCUAAAAUGGAGGGAAAAAAGUCUACUUAUUCUGCCUUAAAACGAUGAUAAAACUAAAUUAAUAGAGAUUUAUUUUGUCUAUGUGCACAUCCAUCAUCUUUUGAUGUGUUGGUAAAUGGAAAUGAAGUGGUUAUUAGGGAAGCAAUAAUUUUGAGUUGUUCUAUAGCUAGCAACUAUUUAUCUAAACACUAGACAGUUGCUUGCAUGUGAGUUGCAUACCCAUGCAAAACUGCGUGUCAUUGAAAACCCAUGUAUGAUGUUGUCACUGAAGGACAUUGUGACUAUCUGCUGGAAAGUUACAUGUUACUUCCUUAAAAUUGUGCCUUAGAAAAUGCAAAGCUGUUGCACACAGUCAACGAUGACUUAAGGAUGCAAUAAGUCCAAAAAGCUGAAGUCCUUCGUGGACUUCACCUGGGGAAUAUUUUUAAAAAAAAUAAAAAUCAGAAAAAUGUUUUGGAAAUAAAAGUGAUGUCUAAUAUUUUGAUUAACCAUCUGCAUGAUUUACUGUUAAAGGGUUUUGAUAACCAGGAUGCUUACACUUUGCAUGUGGUCAUCAUAAUGUUUCCCCACAAAUAAUGCAUAAGACGGAAAUUCAAGAAGCAGAUUUUAUAACCAACUUUCUACAUCUGUAUAAUUCCAUGUGCUGCAUUAAGGAUAUGUGAAUAUAUGAUGGCUGGGCCUGAUUUUAAAUGAAACCGUGCAUGCUUGUGCAUCUAUUUGGUGUGAGUCACUAACACCACUUCACCCAUGCGAUUAGAGUUUAGAUGUGCAAAUGGGUCCCCAAGUGUAUAAAAGGGUGGGUUGUCACAGAGGUUAGAUCUGCUUUUCAUUCGCAUAGGGGUAAUGGUUGGGUGUAAAACGCAUGGGCGAGGGGUAGG